GCCUCAAGCCCCCGGCCCGACCCGGCCUUCGCCACGCGCGCCCCGGGGCCCCUGCGUGGACUUGGCGGCCGCCAACAGCUGGGCGCCGCCGCCUCGCCUCGCCUCGGGGGGGCUGCCGGAGCCGCAGCCCCGAGGCCGCAGACUUCGCUGCGGGACGGAGCCCCCCGGGAUGCGGUAGCGGCCGCCGGGCCGAGGCCGUGAAGCAGCUGCAGCCGCCGCCGCUCAGCUCCGCGCUGGUUCCGUGCGCCAUGGUCACCCACAGCAAGUUUCCCGCCGCCGGGAUGAGCCGCCCGCUGGACGCCAGUCUGCGCCUCAAGACCUUCAGCUCCAAGAGCGAGUACCAGCUGGUGGUGAACGCGGUGCGCAAGCUGCAGCAGAGCGGCUUCUACUGGAGCGCCGUGACGGGCGGCGAGGCGAACCUGCUGCUGAGCGCCGAGCCGGCCGGCACCUUCCUCAUCCGAGACAGCUCGGACCAGCGGCACUUCUUCACGCUCAGCGUCAAGACUCAGUCCGGGACCAAGAACCUGCGCAUCCAGUGCGAAGGGGGCAGCUUCUCGCUGCAGAGCGACCCCCGCAGCACGCAGCCCGUGCCACGCUUCGACUGCGUGCUCAAGCUGGUCCGCCACUACAUGCCGCCACCGCCGCCUUCGGACUCAGCGGCCGGCCCCGAGCCCCCAGGCCCCGAGGCCUCCGAGGAGCCGGAACAGCCGCAGCCGCCGCCUCCCGGGAGCCCACCCAGGAAAGCCUAUUACAUCUACUCGGGGGGUGAGAAGAUUCCCUUGGUGCUGAGCCGGCCGCUGUCGUCCACCGUGGCCACCCUGCAGCAUCUCUGUCGCAAGACGGUCAACGGCCACCUGGACUCCUACGAGAAAGUCACCCAGCUGCCUGGGCCCAUCCGGGAGUUCCUGGACCAGUAUGACGCCCCGCUUUAGGGGACCGUGGUGGGCCGGAGGCUGGGAGAGGGGCCUGGCUCCCCUCUCCUCUUGGCACAAGCACAAGAAUCCAUCCUGGGGCAGGGCAGUCUGAACCUGGAAUGGCUUUGAGGGAAGGGGGCACCCACCACCC